AUGGCUGGCAAUGCAAGAUUUGAGUUGAAUUCAGCUGGCCUUGAUGCAAUCUUCCCUGGAAAUUAUGCGCAAAGAGGGGGUUAUUCUGGUCCAAUUUUGGAUCGGUCAGGUAGCUUCAGGGAUAUUUCUGAUGGUCGUAUGUUCAAUUCUGGAAAAGGUAAAGCUAGGGGGAGUGGUGCACCGACGGGGGAUCAAUCUUCUUUUGUCCCAAUUCUGAUGUUGGAUCCUAUUGAUGGGAUUGAUCUGAAACAGCAUCCUUCACUUGAACUAAGGAGGGUUCUUGGCUUCUCUGUUGGGAAUUCGAUGGAGGACAGUUCACUUGGCACAUCCCAUUUAAGAAACUCGCCUCCAGCAUCCAUAGAAGAGUUAAAAAGAUUUAGAGAGAGUGUGGCUGAUACAUGCAUCAGAGCUAGUGGUAGAGCUAAAACAUUGGAUGAAUGGUUGCAUAAGCUGACCAAAUAUUGCGAAGGUACAACCUCCAAGAAACAACAGCGGAAUGAGCUAUUAGCUAGUGAUAGAUCUGGUAGCUCAAAUUUGAAGCUAGGAAGCCUGAUGCUUCGGAGCCCUUCAGAUCUUUCCCAUCCUAAGUUGGAUGAUAGGUCCAAGAAUGUUGUACUAAAUAAACAUGUCCGCACAUCAGUUGCAGAAACUCGGGCUGAGGGUAGGAGCAAUGGUCUACCUAGGCAGCCUUUGGCCAUCUCUAGAGACAGAGACAUGGUUAAAGGUGGUAGUGUGAAUUCUGGUAUUGUUGAAGAAAAGAUUCGAAAAUUGCCUGCUGGAGGGGAGAGUUGGGACAAAAAGAUGAAAAGAAAACGUUCAGUAGGUGCUAUCUGUGCUAGACCUAUUGACUCCGAUGAAGAACCAAAGCGAGCUGUUCAUCAUAAGCUGACCAGUGAACCUGAAUUACAGUCUUCAGAUUAUCCGAAUCUUAUAUGCUUCGAUUUUUAG